GAAUAACUAUUAUCUUUCAGAUGGCACACUGGAUUUCAAACCGUUGUGUAAUUAGUUUGUAAGGGUGCGGUGUUGAGUAAAGGAUCUUGCAAAACUCAUGGCCACUGAAGUCGGCCUUCAUUGGUGCAAACAGGUUAGGUGACUUUCUCAGACCUGUCUCUAUAACCUCUGCGUUUGUUCCCUUGCUCUCACACAGGAUCUAACCACAGAACAACACAUGAGGUAGUCCAGGGUGUUGCUGGUUUAAUUAUUGUCCGUUUUGUUCUUUAAUGGAAUUACCAUAAAGGGCUGAGAUUCAUCAGGAUGAAAGGAAUUAUAACGGCAGCCUUUUUGUUAAUUUCUGGUUUUUGUUCCUUCAAAAUCAGCUCUGCAGAAUUUCACUUUGUUAAUGUUUUAAUGAACUAUACGAGUGCACAGAAUUUUUGUCGAGAGGAGUUCAGUGAUUUGGCGACCGUCGGUAACUCUUCAGAUGAGCUGAGCUUGGUGGCCGUAGUUCCAGACGGUAUCGUCAGGACCUGGAUAGGACUGUGGCUGGCAGACACCGCCACAUGGUACUGGGCCAGGCCUGACCACAAGCUGGUCUAUCUCAACUGGGAGGAAGGAGAGCCCAAUGCUACGACCCCAGAGAGCUGUGGAGCGAUGAACUCCGACGGGCGGUGGUUUGAGAGUGGAUGUGACACCAGAAGAGGCUUUGUUUGUGGAGGUAACGACACGCACGGCCCCGUGUUUGUGGCCGAUAAGAAGUCGUGGCGCAGGUCCCAGGACCACUGCAGGGGGCUGUCCAGGGACCUGGUCAGCGUCCGGUCUGCAGCGGAGAACAGUGCUGUGCAGGGGGGCCUCACAGAGGCCUCUGUGUGGAUCGGCCUCUUCAAAGACCGCUGGAGGUGGUCCGACGAAGACGGCUCCUCGUUCCGCCUCUGGAAGACCAACCAACCCAGCGGCAAGAAUCAGAACUGUGUGGUGGCUGUUUGGAGGGAUGGUGGAAGAUGGAAUGACAUUAAAUGUCAAAACAAUCGCAGGUUCAUUUGUCAGGGGGCAAGGAAGAUAAACCCCAGGCCUUCCCCAACCAUCCAACAAACUGCUGGUACACCUGGGGAUAACCUCUCAUCAACAGCCAUCCAACAGACUGCUGUGACACCUGGGGAUAACCUCUCAUCAACAGUCACCCAACAGACUGCUGUGACACCUGGGGAUAACCUCUCAUCAACAGCCAUCCAACAGACUGCUGUGACACCUGGGGAUAACCUCUCAUCAACAGUCACCCAACAGACUGCUGUUACACCUGGAGAUAACCUCUCAUCAACAGUCACCCAACAGACUGCUGUUACACCUGGAGAUAACCUCUCAUCAACAGUCACCCAACAGACUGCUGUUACAAUCCCCUCAUCACCAGUCAGCCAACAGACUGCUGUUACAAUCCUCUCAUCACCAGUCAGCCAACAGACUGCUGUUACAAUCCCCUCAUCACCAGUCAGCCAACAGACUGCUGUUACAAUCCUCUCAUCAACAGUCAGCCAACAGACUGCUGUUACACCUGGAGAUAACCUCUCAUCAACAGUCAUCCAACAGACUGCUGUUACACCUGGAGAUAACCUCUCAUCACCAGUCAGCCAACAGACUGCUGUUACACCUGGAGAUAACCUCUCAUCAACAGUCAUCCAACAGACUGCUGUUACACCUGGAGAUAACCUCUCAUCACCAGUCACCCAACAGACUGCUGUUACACCUGGAGAUAACCUCUCAUCACCAGUCACCCAACAGACUGCUGUUACAAUCCUCUCAUCACCAGUCAGCCAACAGACUGCUGUUACACCUGGAGAUAACCUCUCAUCACCAGUCACCCAACAGACUGCUGUUACAACCCUCUCAUCACCAGUCACCCAACAGACUGCUGUUACAACCCUCUCAUCACCAGUCACCCAACAGACUGCUGUUACAACCCUCUCAUCACCAGUCACCCAACAGACUGCUGUUACAACCCUCUCAUCACCAGUCACCCAACAGACUGCUGUUACAACCCUCUCAUCACCAGUCAGCCAACAGACUGCUGUUACAACCCUCUCAUCACCAGUCAGCCAACAGAAUGCUGUUACAAUCCUCUCAUCACCAGUCAGCCAGGUGACCCUCUCAUCACCAGUCCACCAGGUGACCCUCUCAUCACCAGUCAGCCAACAUAACCUCUCAACACCAGUCAGCCAACAUAACCUCUCAUCCCCAGUCACCCAACAGAACCUCUCAUCACCAGUCAGCCAGGUGACCCUCUCAUCACCAGUCAGCCAACAUAACCUCUCAACACCAGUCAGCCAACAGAACCUCUCAUCACCAGUCACCCAACAGAACCUCUCAUCACCAGUCAGCCAGGUGACCCUCUCAUCACCAGUCACCCAACAGAACCUCUCAUCACCAGUCAGCCAACAGAACCUCUCAACACCAGGCAGCCAACAGACUGCUGUUAAACCUGGAGACGUCCUCUCAUCAACAGUCACCCAGCAGACUGUUACAGCCGGGCACAUCUUCUCAUCCCCAGUCACCCAACAGAACCUCUCAUCACCAGUCAGCCAGGUGACCCUCUCAUCACCAGUCAGCCAACAGAACCUCUCAUCACCAGUCACCCAACAGAACCUCUCAUCACCAGUCAGCCAACAGAAACUCUCAUCACCAGUCAGCCAACAGAACCUCUCAUCACCAGUCAGCCAACAGCACCUCUCAUCACCAGUCACCCAACAGACUGUUACAGCCGGGCACAUCUUCUCAUCACCAGUCACCCAAAGCAUAACUACCCAGACAGUUUUCCCGGUCCCACAAGCGGACCCAACAACCGUUCCACCCAACCCUGUGUCGGCCUCUACUGCCACGACACACUCCGCAGCACCAGCCAGAAAUUUGAUUUUAAUUCAGAAGAACAUGUCGUGGAUGGAGGCGUGGAGCUACUGCAGGACCCACCACACUGCCCUGGUCUCCGUCCACAGCGAGGAGCUUCAGGCCCGCGUGGGACGGGCCGCCGAGAACGCCACGUCACCCCACGUCUGGCUCGGGCUUCGCCACGCCUUCAACUUCUGGUACUGGAUCAAGUGGGGCGAUGGCUGUUAUCAGAACUGGGCCCCGGGCCACGGGGCUGAGAGGACGUAUGACUGUGGCAUGGCAGGUGCCCUAGAGGCCACUAGGGGGCAGCAGUGGGUGGCCUUACCCGACACGGAAGAACUCAACUUCAUCUGUUUUACGUGUGCUGGGGCCGCAGCGGGCCUGAGCUGAUCUUCGUUUACUUGUGUAUGUCGUAUCUAUGUGUAAAUAAAAUAAAAAAAGUAUCUUCCCAAAAGUUUUCACUCAAUUUAUCAGGUCUUCACAAGACCUCCACAUAGGGCUAGGUUUUGGUCGUUUGGAUUUGAAAUUAAUGCAUUCAAGUGUUCGGCAGCAUCUCAUGUGGUUCCUCUCCUCCUCAUAUUGAGGUGCUACACAUGCGGCUGUGGGCCAGGCUUCUUUUGUUUCCCUGGAUUCCAUUGAAUAUGAAACCGUUUUGGAGUGGAGGCGUUCCCCCACAGUCACGGGCAGCAGGAGUGAUGUGAGAACAUUGAUCCGCUCUUUGCCUUUCACUUGGGGGUGAACAUUUGCAUAUUGACCCCCUAAGUUGGACCCUGAGAAUCUUUUUGAGACCACCAGGAUAUGCCCCGUGACUUGACCUUCAGAGGCAGCAUGUGGCCUCAACCGACCCUCUCUCCUCCCGCGGCGCCACAUCAGAGGGGAACCAGCGUUACGCUGAGAACCUUUCAGCCAAUUGUUCGGUUCGUUGGGGAUUUCGUCUACUAAUACUGUUUAUUUAAUUCUAUUACUGUUUUUGGGCAAACUCAUCCAUGAAAAUGUGCUAAAUAUUGUCCUGUGAAAGGAUGAACGGAUCAGUGUAAGGUCUUAAUAAUGGAUGCAUUUUUUAAUAUUCCAUCGUUCCUUUCCA